AGAGUGUCGUCGACUGUGCCGAAUACGUUUCCACCACUUCCAUCAGCUUUCGCGUGUGUCUCCGCGUGUGUCACGGGUGUGUGUGCGCGCACGUCCGUCGUCGUCGUCGUGUCGUGCCUUGCCUUGCCUUGCUUCGUCGUCGUCGUCUCGUCCAAGGGAAGGAAAGGGGAAACCCACGAUCCAGCGGUGUCGUACGUCGGUCGCGGGGAAUUCGCGAUCCCGGAUCUCGCGCGCGCGUACGAUCGCGGGAGCGACGACUCCGAGAACGGAGCAGAGAGAAUAACGGAAAAACGGAGAAACGGUCAGGCGGCCGGACGUACGUAGUGGUGCGCGCUCUUCGUAUACGUACGCGCGUGUUUGCGCGCCCAUGCAUGUGCUUGCGCGCGCGCGCGCGAUCGCGCGUGUGGAUCGUACGUGAGGAAGCGAGACGGGCAGCGGCGAAUUAACGGAGUGGAGUGAAAGAGGUGGCGGAGGCGGCGGAGGAGGUGAGAAAAAAAGGGGGAAGUGUGUCGCGCGCUCGCGGCGCGGCGCACACCGUCGUCAUCGGCGAGGAAGGUGCCCCGGAAGUCGCCUACUGCACGCCGCGAGUUUGUGUGUCCGCGGCGACGCGACACGGAUAGACAAAUAGACAAAGAGGAGAAAAGGUGACCGCGCGCGGGUGGGCGAGGUAGCCCCCGCGACGUAUGUAAGAAGAAGGGAGAAGGAGAGGAGAGGCGAGACCGGAAUACCAAGUGCCGCCAAGCGGAGGAGAGAAAGAAGAAGGGUGAUCCAUCAGGCGGGCGCACGAGUCUCCGCAUCCGCGAGACGGAGUCGACGGAGAACGGCGAACGGCGAGCGGCGCGGCGACCCGAAAGCGGAAAGAGAGAGGCGAGAGGACUGGCGUCGCGGACGGACGGUGGAAUGCGAGGAGCAACCGAGAGCGGUGCCGUGUAAACACGCGUCUCGAGUGAACCGGAGCGGCCCACCAGCGACGUUCGAUGUCGUUGGCUUCCCCGUCUCCGUCCCCGUCCUCCUCGUCGUCGUCCGUCGUCGUCGUCGUCAUCGCCGCGACAAUCCCGACGGUCCGCGUCGCAGAGGUGCGGGAGGAGCAACCGGGAGACAUCGAUCAUCGUCGCCGCCGGCGCGGUAGACACGCGUAAAUGAAUCCACAUCACAAAUGACGGUGGGCGGACUAGCGAGGUGCUGCUGGCUGGACUCGUCGACUUCUUCGUCGGUUUAACGGACAAAGAGCGGCACGAGAUGAAUCGAAGAGUGGGAUACAGCAAUUACGAUGGCAAGAUCGCCGGGCUUUACGACCUGGAGGAGACGCUCGGCCGCGGUCACUUCGCCGUGGUGAAGCUGGCACGACACGUUUUCACCGGUGAGAAGGUCGCAGUGAAGGUGAUCGACAAGAGCAAGCUCGACGAGGUUUCGAGGGCCCACCUUUUCCAGGAGGUGCGGUGUAUGAAGCUGGUGCAGCAUCCUAAUGUGGUGCGGCUGUACGAGGUGAUAGACACACAGACCAAGCUAUACUUAAUUCUAGAACUCGGCGAUGGCGGGGAUCUCUACGAUUACAUCAUGCGCCACGACAGCGGCCUCAGCGAAGAGCUGGCCAGGACUUACUUUCGGCAGAUAGUUCGGGCCAUAUCGUACUGUCAUCGUUUACACGUGGUGCACAGAGAUUUAAAGCCCGAGAAUGUCGUGUUCUUUGAAAAGCUCGGUACAGUGAAGCUUACGGACUUCGGGUUUAGCAAUAGAUUCUGUCCUGGUCAAAAGCUCGAGACUUCGUGUGGCUCGUUAGCGUACUCCGCUCCAGAGAUACUUCUGGGCGAUAGUUAUGAUGCCCCCGCAGUAGAUGUUUGGUCGUUAGGUGUAAUACUAUACAUGUUAGUAUGCGGCCAAGCGCCGUUUCAAGAAGCGAACGACAGCGAGACGUUAACGAUGAUCAUGGACUGCAAGUAUUCGAUUCCGUCGCACGUGUCCGACGGCUGCAAGCGGCUGAUCGCGAGGAUGCUCGUGCGGCAACCCGAAGGUAGAGCGUCCCUCGAAGAAAUUGCCGCAGAUCCGUGGUUAUCGAUCGGUUCCGGCUUGGACACAAUGGAAACGCUGCCGCUCGUGUCGCGUCAACAGGUCUCCGAUGAUCAUCACAAUCUCAUAAUUACCAAAAUGGUUAACGGUGGCAUCGCCACUAAGGAAGAGAUAUUGGAUGCACUUGACAAGAACGAAUACAAUCAUAUCACCGCGACGUAUUUCUUACUGGCUGAGAGGAAAUUGCGCGCUCAUCGACAAGAACAGAUGCAGAAGACUCGACCAGAAGCUCUAGAUGUUUCAUCAAAUCGGCAGGAUGAUCUAACAUCAAAUCUACACACGGAUGAGAACUCCCUGAAUACUACGAACCAGUCACUAUUAACCGUGCCACGGACACCUGGUGACAUACCGCAGAGCGUGCGUACACGAAAAUGCAGUAUUGUUCAAGAAGAGGAAGAUGAGGACGACGUGUCCUCGUGUUCUGGUCGAGACGAACGCGGCAGUAAUUCGACGCUAAAUUCCCUUAAUCGUCGCGGUUCUCGUUCCGAGGGGAAGCUCUCGCAUAUUCUGCAGGAGCGAUUAUCGCAGCUUCCGGAGAAGCAUACGGGCACAAAGCCUGUAUUGGGUCAACGGCAUCCGCACCAAAAAGAGGAUACUGUUAUCGCCGAAUCAUCGCACAGGGGAGAAAGACUGAAGCAGACUUUGAGAAACGAGAAGGAUAAUAGGACGUCGUCGUCGGUGCAUCCGAAAGAGGCAGACAAGGUCCAAACGGGUAACGUACUCUUAGAGAAACUGCCUGUAACUGUGCGGAUUACCACGACAUGUGAGGAAAAUCUGAAGAACCGAUUGAGUGGCGCGAACACUCCAUCGGCCGGAUGGGCGACUAGAAAAGCCACUAACACGGAAGCCAGGCCCAAAUCGGUGACGGAGUGUCUAAAAUCGACUGGACCAAUACCGGCGAACAAGUGGAGAAUGGGUGCUCAGCACCAUCGGUUUAGCGUACCGCUCACGGAGUCUGCAUCAGUGAUUUCCUCAAAACCGUCCGACGUAUCUGCGACGACGAUAACAACGAUGACUCCUACCAAAACAUUACACGAAUCGUCGACUGUCUCGAUACCUCUUCAUCCGAUUAGCGACAAUCAAGUGACGUUAACACCUAAGUACAAGACGAUGCCGUCGCCUAGCGGUAAUUCGUCUGCGACACAACUCACGCUCAAUGAAAUCCUGGAGGACGGGGAUGGCACGCACGCGUCGGUGAACUCCACAGAAUGCAGGGAUUCGACGACCAAAUGCCGAGUCGUUAGGCGAACAACAUACGAGCAACGGAGGAGUAAGUUUCACAAGACGCGCACGACCUCCUGCUCGAGCUCAGACGCCAGUGACGACGACAGCGAGAGCAGGAAAAAGAGAGCGCACAAACUCGGCGCGUCCACGGGCAAGCCCUUACCUCCGAGACGCGACAGUCACGACGACUCGAGCGAUUCGCAGGAUCCAGGAGGAAGCGGCGGCGGGCGAGGUGGAGUCGGCGGUGGAGGGAGCGGAGUGAGCAACGGCGAGCACACGACGACGGAUACACCGACGACAACCGAGAGUAAUCGAAACGACAAUGGUAGCGGCACUAACACGACAAACACGAGCACAACGAACGGAGGAGGGCGGCAUCGGUGCACCGAGAACCAGGUAAUGUUUGGCAGGAGGCAUCGCGCUGGUAGGAGAAGAGCCGGCGAGACGCGAUUGCGGGAGAGCCAGUCGUUGAAUCGUAUCACCGAGGUCCAGGAGGCCGAGGCACCCUCGUCCUGUCACAAUCAUUGUCACGUAUCGCGCAAUUCGGCUGUAAUUGGCACGCAGGACGUCUCCUCGUCGUCGUCGGUGUCGCUAAAUAGCACGGCUUCUCAGCACAAUGUUAUUCCACCUGUGUCUCAAAUGGCAACCACUACGGUGCAGAAGGCGAAAGGUCUCGGAGCGAGGUUGUUGCAGUCGCUCAGCACCGGAAAAUCCCUGAUGUCGCAAGGCUCCAAGCAAUCGGCUCGCAGUCCCGAUGGAAAGAAUAAUAAUAACGCCGGCUGUCGGCAAUCGGACGAUUGUCAGACGGUCAGCGGCGAUCAUAAGUGCGCGAGUCAAGCGGCGUGCAACGACAAGGAGAAUCGUGGUAACGGCUCGAUGAACCGGAACGAGUGCAAGAGCAGGAAGAUUCGGUUGUUGAGCCGUUACUUUGCUGUGCACAAGAAGCUCUGCGUACCGCUGCCGGGUAUCUUUGGCAAGGGACGCCUCUACAAAGCUCGCUCGUGCGGUAGCAUCACUCGCGACCGCGUGAGUCCGCCGUCGCCUAAAUCGAUGCUGCUGGUCGAGGACAAGUGGCGGGAGCGUCGUCAGUGGUGCGAUGCCGCAACGAAGCAGCAUCGCGGUAGCGACGGCGAUAUCAAUCAGAAUCUAGGCCUCGCGCAUCUCGUGCAGGAGAACAUCGUCGGUAAAGGCUGCGCCGGUGUGCCCAAUGUGUGCCACAUUCAUCUCGGAGACUCUUCCAAGUGUUGUAGCCUUUGUUGAUGAAUCGCUUCCGCUCGAAAGAGGGAGAGAACUCAAACCCGCGCUUAGUUACGCAAGAUGAGAGACACGUACGAGCGCGAAUAGGUAAGGCCAGGUUCGUUUUGGUGCCAGUAGCAUAGCUAGCUGGCAUGUGCGCGCGGGACUACUUUCACGACAAUCUUUUUUCGAUACUGCGUAUAAUUUCUAGCGAGUUAUUUUAUCGAUACAGAAAUAUUCUUAUAGUUUGAGAGAUCUGAUAUAUUUUUUCUUUUUUUAAAAAACGGCGUAGAUGCCGUGUCUCUGAUACACCUUAAGGAGAACACUAGUUAAUUAUUUUUAUACGUGCAGAACCGAAGUCAGAUCUGUUUAGGAACCAUUUUAUAAGCAAUUCAGAGUGCAAAGUGUACUCAUAAUUAAUAUUUCCAUAAAGGUAUGAUCUGUUCCUUGCUGAUGCCGAAGUUACGUUAAGUUAAGGACGCGCAACCGACUGUUCGCGCGAGUGGUAAUCGCUAACCACGAUAUUAAAGAUUUACGUGGGUCUGGUCUGCCGUACUUGACUGAUCACAUCAUAUUCCCGCUGGUCUGUAGAGCACAGGGAUCAAGACAACAAUAAGAGAAGAGAAGCUGGAGCGUACCGAUUUUUCGGUCGUUCUGAGAGAGCUAUAUCUAGUCCAUGUGAACAAACAAUGUAUUAAAUAUUGCAGAGUUUAUGAUGAUUAUUAUUAUAUUAUUAAUAAUAUUA